GUAAGAUCUGAAAACCUCACCCAGGGAGGCGACAGCAAGUGAGUACGGCCGACGUCCUAGUGCUGUGGAGCCACGGAGGGGCUGAACUAUUGACAUCAGAAAUACUGCAGGAUGCGUGAAUACAAGUUGGUAGUCCUUGGUUCUGGAGGGGUUGGCAAAUCAGCACUGACUGUACAAUUUGUUCAGGGCAUAUUUGUUGAAAAAUAUGACCCCACAAUAGAAGACUCUUACAGAAAGCAAGUUGAAGUAGAUGGACAACAGUGCAUGUUGGAGAUCCUGGAUACAGCUGGGACGGAGCAGUUCACAGCCAUGCGGGACUUGUACAUGAAGAACGGCCAGGGCUUUGCACUCGUAUAUUCCAUCACAGCCCAGUCCACCUUCAAUGAUCUGCAGGACCUCAGGGAGCAGAUUUUACGGGUGAAGGACACGGAUGAUGUGCCAAUGAUCUUGGUGGGGAACAAGUGUGACUUGGAGGAAGAGCGAGUGGUGGGCAAGGAGCAGGGCCAGAAUCUGGCCCGCCAGUGGAACAGCUGCGCUUUCCUUGAGUCCUCUGCCAAGUCCAAGAUCAACGUGAAUGAGAUCUUCUAUGACCUAGUUCGGCAAAUCAACAGGAAAACUCCAGCACCUGGGAAACCACGCAAAAAGUCCAACUGCCAGCUGCUUUAAUACACACCUGUACGGUUGCUCUGAGCCAGGUCUGAUGAACUGCUGUCUCUGUGGGCAGCACCAGCAUUCCAGCUGAACUGAACCCAACCUCCAAUGGGCGCUUGUGUCUCUGGACCCCUUUAACAAAUGGCAUCUGCAACUGGAUUGAAGCUCCUACAUCACUUCCUGCAAAUACAUAACUCACAGUCCUCCUGCACUGGCUUCCACCAUUGAACAUGUACGAACAUGAGAGCAGCCAGCCAGAGCGGGUAUGGCCUCUUCGGGCCCUGGCCAGUACAAGCAACGGGGAAUGUCCAAAGACGUCCUAUAUAGUCUCUUUCAUACUGCUAGCUUUCCUGCUCUGGUAUUUUUUACCAUGAUCCUUACACUUUUUUUUUUUUUUUUUGGAAUUACUAAAUUUUGUUGUAUUGAAAUAUAUUGCAACAGCUAUUAAUAUGGUUUUAUCUUUCAACAUCCUGUGGACAAAGUGAUUUGAGCUGGGGAAUUCUUUUCCACUGUAGUGUCUUUAGCCUGAGAUGUUGCCUUUAGAUAUGUUUCUUUCAGGAAGGUUUAGAUCAACAGCUCUUGUUUUGUUCAGUUUUUCCAUGGAUGUUUGUACAGGGAUUUCAGGGGAUGGUUGAAGGACUGUUUGCCAGGGGACCUGACAACAUUGACCUAUGAACUCCUCCUCAGAUCUUCCCAGCUCAUUAUACGACAGGGCAUUUGAACCCAUGGCUCGAGGUCAUUUCCACCUUAGUGGAAUCCCUGUCCUACACAUACACAAACACGUGCAUAUAUAAAAUGAGGGUUUUUAAUGUUGAAAUAAAAAAUGGAAUUGGUGAUGCAACUCUCCAUGCUUCUGUCACUAUAGUUUCUCACGGUAUCUUACGUUACCCUUUUCAGCCUUGCGUGCCCUUGCCUGCGCACCUGCAGCAGUUGACUGGAGAUGUAAAAACAAAUACUGAAACCAGUCUCUGAAAUCAGUUGCUCAUUACUAGUUGUUUAUGCUGUGUGAUAUUGGGGUUAAGUCAAGUAUCAGUUGGUUUGUCAGUAGUGAAUGCCAAUGACUCCUUUGGGGGGGGAAAAAAAAACCAAGGUUACCCAGCAAAAUCGUUUUUUAAACUUCUUAAUUUGAAACCUGUGUAAUGUUUCAGUUAAUUCCGAAGAAUGCUGUGUUGAUUUGUAUUGGAAAACAACCAUUCUGCAAGUUGAGAUCAUGUGACCACAUCCCUCCACGGAGCUGCAGUAUUUGAAAUGCAAUGUCUGCUUGUUUAGGUGGCCAAAUGUGAACUAAAAGCCUUAAUUAAAAGUGGUGCAAUUUUGUGUAACUGAGCAUUUGUCGUCCAGUAAACUGGAUUCCCUGUCGGUACUUGCAGCGGGGCCAGUCUCGUAGUUCACUACCUGUGUGUUUAGAUGGGUUGCCCCGUCACCAUGCCCCGCCCCUUUACUGUAACUCCGAGGAGCUGAGUGCAGUUCCUUCAGCAAUCGCUCUCCAAGCCAUCUGGCAGUCUUGGAUAAUUUCAGUAAAAUAACAUUGUGUAAUGCUGUGAAACAUUAUAGCCCCACCGAAGGAGGAUCUUGUGUUUCUGGGGAAAGUGUGAGAGAUCUAAUGAAAUGUACUCAUCUUUUUGAAGCAUGUGGGUUUUCAUCCUGUUCUGCUGACUCAGACGGAGCUUUGUACAUAACACAAUUGUAAACUUGUCAGGUAUUCAAUAUUAGCAUGUCAACCUAUAUUUUUAAAAGUAAGAAAUAUAUUAAUAUAA